CAACAAUGAACAAAGGUCAUUUGCUGUGCUAGCUGCAUCACGGUGACUGAGUUGAAGUUCAUCUAAGUGUCCCUAGAAGUACAGGGUCGGAUAAUGGAGGGAUUCCGGCAACCUCUUCUACUGCUGUGGUUGAGUGCAGUGUUGGCAAUUAAUAUUCUGGGAAGUAAUACUGAGGUUGUGGAAGAAGACACACUGCAGGUAAAGAACUUGACCAACAAGCUUCUGCAAAUCAUUCCACAUAGUUGCAACAGUUCCUCUGUCACUAAACUGUUGAUUGAGGGGAACCUGAUUACCCUAAAUAGGGCUGACAGACUAGCCCUGGCUAGUUAUCCCAAACUGGUAGAACUCCACCUGGAUGGAAACCUGGUGACCUGUAUACCAGCCAAGUACUUCUCUGUGGUACCACACCUCAGAGUGCUGUCUCUGUCCAGGAACAAAAUCAGCAGCCUGGACCCAGAGUCUUUCUCUGGCCUAGAUGUCCUGGCAGAGCUGGACCUGUCCCACAACCUGCUAACAAGUCUCCAUACACAACUAUUGAGACAUCUGAAUAAUCUACAGGUGCUGAACCUACAGGAAAACCCCUGGAAUUGUUCCUGCCCGCUGCUGAGAAGCACUGGAGAGGUCAAAGCAGCUGGAGUUACCAUUGGGGGACUACAAGUCACCUGUGCUUCUCAAGAAAAGCAGGCUGAACGGGAUUUUUUGCAGGCUACAGCUAUGUGUUACCCAUCACCACCACCCAUCUUUGCUACAGACCAACAAAAAUCUGUCAACACUCAACAGUCUUGGGGCUUAUCCACUAAGCUGAAGACCACACUGUCAUCAAGACAGAACCACAAAACCAACAAAGACCAGACACCUGUGCUCGGCAACUCUUGGAAGUUCACAGCAUGUGUUGUAGCCUUGGCAUUAACCACCUCCAUGCUCAUUGUAUGUGGCAUAAAGGGGCCUUCCUGGUACAAGCUCUUCCACAACUACCGUCAUCAGCAACUGCGCCAAGAGGAGGAUGAUGAGGAGGAGGAUGUUGUGUCAACAGUCUUCUCAGAGACAAGAAGAUACCUGCACCAUCAGACAUUCACUUUUGAACAAGAGAGUGGGCAAAUAGAGGAGGAGGAUGGGUAUUUUGAGGAUCCAUACAUCAAGAGGGAAGAGUGACAUGCAGGAGAGGAGACUUCUGCAGAUCCACAGAAAACCAAACAGCACUGGUGAAUAAGUAAUAAGAUGAGGAGGCAAUCAUCACAAAAAGAAAACCUGUCAUUUGUGUAUUCAAAAAACUAGGUGCUCACUUGUAUGGUACCAAAAUAAUAUUUCCUGUAGAGGUGAUGUAUAGUUUAUUUUGCCUUUGGUGGAUUACCUGAAAGCUAAAUAAAACCAUUUAACUAUU